CUACCCCAUCCAUUAUCCCGCCAAAAAAUAAAACAAACUCUCCCCCGCUAAAAUACGCCACUCUCCCUUACCCUGCGCACAGCCUCACUUCAUCUUCUCCACUCCUCUCUCUCACUCUCUUACAAUGUUUCUCUCUCUAGAAACACACAAGAAACAGAUGCUGACCGUCGCAUCUCUCUCUCUCCUCCUCCUUCUCUUCACUUCCUCCACCGCCUGCACCACCAUAGGCGUCUCCUACACCUCCGCCGGCGCCGCUGCCUCCUCUCCGGAACACAUCGCCGCAGUCCUCCGGUCCCACCGCAUCUCCGCCGUGCGUCUCCAAGCUCCAGAACCUUCUGUCAUCCGCGCUUUCACGUACUCCAACAUCUCACUACUUCUCGAGGUUCCGAAUCAUCUCGUCUCAUCCUUUGCUUCCAAUGUCUCCGCCGCGAAUCUCUGGCUCUACACGCACGUCGUUCCGUUCUAUCCGCGCGUCAAAAUCUCCGCGAUCUCCGUUGGUUCUAAUACGGUGAGUACUUCUCAGGCUGAUCUCUCGGAUGUACUGAUCCCGGCGAUGCAGAACUUGAAGCGAUCGCUUAACUCGCUCGGAAUAUCAGAUAUUUCUGUUUCGACGACGUUUUCAUUUAUUGAUAUUAUGAACAAUGCGUUUCCGCCUUCUUCUGCUGAAUUUCAAGAGCCGAUUAAUCGGAUGUUAAUCAGGCCGUUACUCCAGUUCCUCGAAGAAAACAACUCGUCUUUCUUCGUAAAUCUCUAUCCGUACAAAGUUUAUAGACUCAAUUCCGAAAUUCCAGUUGGAUUUGCUCUGUUUCGAGAUCAUCCGUACAAUUUUCGAGAUGAUAUUACUACUGGAGUUCGUUAUCGUAAUUUGUUUGAUAUGAUGGUUGAUGCUGUAAUUGCAGCGAUGACGGUGUCAGGUCACGAGAAUAUUCCGUUAGUUGUGACUGAAACAGGCUGGCCGAGUUAUAACAGUGGUAAUGAGCCUGAGGCCAGUCAUCAUUACUCGGAGAUGUAUUUUCAGGGACUGAUUACUCAUUUGAAGUCUGGACUUGGUACUCCAUUGCGAAAGGAAGGAGUUGCGGAAGCUUAUUUGUACGAAUUGUUUGACAACGAUGAUAAUAAUGAUACUAUGCAAGUGACUGCGAGUGGGAGUGGGAUGCAAAAUUGGGGAAUCAUGUACCCUAACUUGACUAUGAAGUACAACAUCCCGUUUUCUUCGGAUUCUAAGAGGUUUCAUGGACAGGGAAUUGCAGGAAUGGCUGCUCUUCUCUUGGUGAUUUCUGCUCUCUUGUAAAAUUGCCAAUAUCUUGUUGUUGUUGGUGUGUUUGGUGUCUAUAGACUGAUUACUUGGCUAGAUUCUGAUAAGUCUUGAAUGUGAAUAUCUUGAACUGUGAAAUCGUAGAAACAUAAAGGGAUGGCUUGAAAAUGUGCAUUACUUGAUGUGGAUAGGUACAGUAAUUGAAGCAAUGGAAAGAAACUGUCAAGUUGUUCUUCAAGUUUGAUGUAGAUCAUACAUGUUUGAUGUUAAGAAAUUUCGAGUUUUAGGUCAUAUUUGCUGGUUUUUGGUUUGUGUGAUAUCAUAUCAUAUGCUGAGUGAAAGAGUCAUUAUUGCAUUCAGAUUGUAUAAAAUCUUUCUUUCCUGCAAAUUGUAUAUGUGCAAGAAUGUAGUUGAGUAG